CCUUUUACGUGCUGACGGCUCGAAUAUACAGUUUAUCUCUAAAAACAAUCUUGUGCUCUGUGUGAGAAUGGUCGAAUUGCGGCAGCGAAUGUGACGGGGGAUUUUCACGUUAGAAGACGAGAGGAGCUGUUUGAAAUCUGUUUCAUCUGCACAUCAUGGAACAAAGACGACGCGAGACGCGCAGAGGGCGGACAAAGUGGGUUACCUACAUGGUGGUUUUGAUUACGUUUUGGAGCAGAGCUUCGGGGCAACUCCGAUAUUCCAUCUCCGAGGAAGUGAGAGAAGGAACUAUUGUUGGAAACAUCGCUAAGGAUUUGGGUCUUGAUAAGACGACAUUGAAAGAGAGAGGAUACCGCAUUGUGUAUGGCUCGACAGAGCCUCCCUUUCGAGUAAAUCAGGACGACGGUAUCUUAUAUGUCAACCAACAAAUUGACAGAGAGGAAGUGUGCGACCGGAGCAAGGUUUGUGUAAUUGAUUUAAAAACAGUGUUAGAAAACCCACUGGAGGUCCACUAUGUAGCGGUGGAGAUUGUGGACAUAAACGAUCAUGCGCCGAGCUUCCCUGAAAAUGAAAAGAUAAUAGAAAUUUCAGAAUCUGCAUUACCAGGAGCAAAAUUUCAGCUCAAAGCUGCGCGUGAUGCUGACAGUGGUUCAUUAUCUGUUCAGCAGUACAAGUUGAGUCAGAAUGAUCAUUUUCGCUUGGAAGUGAAAGAUCGUGGUGAGGACCGUAAAACCCCGAGUUUAAUCCUCCAAAAGCCACUUGAUAGGGAAUCUGUUAAAACCCAUGUGUUACUUCUGACAGCCACUGAUGGAGGUAGGCCUCCACGAUCUGGCAACAUGACAAUAAUUGUCGGUGUUUCCGAUGUCAAUGAUAACCCGCCUGUUUUCACCCAGGAUUCCUAUACAGUGCAGCUGAAAGAAAAUUCUCCUCUUGGUACAACUGUUAUUCAAGUAAAUGCAACAGAUGUGGACGAGGGUUUAAAUGGUGAGGUUGUAUAUUCAUUUGGCAAUGACGUGGAUGCACAAGCAAGUGCGCGUUUUGCUUUAGAUUCAGUGACAGGAGUAAUUACCGUAGCAGGAGAUAUAGAUUUCGAAGAAUGUAGCCGAUAUGAAAUUGAUAUCCAGGCAUCCGACAAAGCUGCGGCCACACUAGCUACGGACAAGAGCGUUGUUAUACAAAUCGUUGAUGUAAACGACAAUGCACCGGAGAUCGAAGUGACAUCUUUUUCACAUGCGCUCCCAGAAGACUCCAAACCGGGAACCACCGUAGCCUUGAUUAGUGUGAAAGACAUAGACUCUGGUCUCAACGGAAAGGUGAUGUGUUACAUAAGCAAAGAUCUUCCUUUUACGCUCAUCCCAUCUUUACAAAAUAACAUGUAUUCUUUGGUCACUAAAUUGCUUUUGGAUAGAGAAAAGAUGGCGCAAUAUUAUGUGACAAUUGCCUGCAAAGACGCAGGAGAACCAUCCUUAACGUCAGACAAGACCGUAAACAUUGUUGUGUCAGACGUCAACGAUAACAGUCCAUUAUUUACACAAAACCCAUAUGUUUUCUACAUAACCGAAAAUAACAACCCGGGAGCCUCUAUUUUGGCAGUGACAGCCCGAGAUGAUGACGAAGGUAGCAAUGCUCUUAUUUCAUAUCACAUAUUAAGGGACAAAGGCAAAGACAAUUUGCUUACCUCAUUUCUAAAUGUUAACAGUGAAAACGGACAAAUCACCGCCCUAAAAAGUUUUGACUUUGAGACUCUGAAAACGUUCCAGUUCCAAGUCGUGGCCACAGACUCUGGAACUCCGUCACUGAGCAGCAACGUCACAGUGAACGUGUUCAUUCUGGAUCAGAACGACAACGCUCCAGUCAUCCUGUAUCCAGUCAGCUCCAACGGCUCUGCUGAAGGUGUGGAGGAGAUUCCCCGCAAUGUGAACGCAGGACACUUGGUGACUAAAGUCAGAGCCUAUGACGCUGAUAUAGGAUAUAACGGCUGGUUACUCUUUUCACUGCAGGAAGUCACUGACCACAGUCUCUUUGCUUUGGACCGCUAUACAGGACAGAUCAGAACACUUCGCUCAUUCACAGAGACAGACGAGGCUGAGCACAAACUGCUCAUACUGGUCAAAGACAAUGGGAACGUUUCCCUCUCAGCAACAGCUACUGUGAUUGUCAAAGUGGUGGAGCCCAAAGAGGCUUUUGCAGCCUCUGACGUUAAAAGUGCAGCCAAAGAUGAUGAGGGGAAUGAUGUGACUUUUUAUCUCAUCAUAACUUUGGGCUCAGUUUCAGUCCUUUUCCUCAUCAGUAUCAUCGUGCUGAUUGCAAUGCAGUGCUCCAAAUCAUCCACAGACUAUACUUCUAAAUAUCUACAAGAGGCUAAUUAUGACGGGACACUGUGUCACAGCAUCCAGUACAGAUCUGGAGACAAACGCUACAUGUUAGUUGGACCCAGAAUGAGUAUAGGAUCUACUAUAGUCCCUGGCAGUCACGCAAAUACUCUGGUCCUACCCGACAGGAGGAGGACAUCUGAAGAGGUAAGAUCAAUAUUUUAGAUACUUUGAUUUUUUUUCCCAUCCUCUGUAUACUGAAGACAUGGAAAGGUUUUGAUUAUGAGUGUGAAAAAAGGGACUCUCUCUCUGUGGGACAGUGAUGUUGCCUGGUGAUUUUAAGAUCGUUUUGCUUACAUUAAUGAACUUCUAGUGUGAUCAGUGUAUGUAACCGGUUCGACGCUUGGUGUCA